AUGGCCAGAGCUCUCUUCCUUGUCUUUAUCUUUCUAAUUAGAUUGAAAGUUAGCCAGGUGAUGGGUGCUGCCAAUCAAUGCGGGCCAAUUGUAGCCGAUGAUAUUGAUUAUAUUCAAUUUGCUCUUAACCUUGAAUUCCUUGAAGCUGAGUUUUUCUUGCAUGGUGCACUUGGUAGAGGGCUUGACACUAUCGCUCCGACUUUUGCUAGCGGUGGUCUGCCUCCGGUCGGUGCUAAGAAAGCCAACCUUGACCCACUGAUUGGCCGGAUUAUUGAGGAAUUUGGAUAUCAAGAGGUUGGUCACGUCAGGUCCUACGAAAAAACAAUAGGGGGAAUUCCAAGGCCGCUGUUGGAUCUUAGCCCUCAGAAUUUUGCAAAACUAUUUGAUGAAGCAGUUGGUUUCAAAUUGAGCCCUCCAUUCGACCCUUACUUGGACUCAGUACACUAUCUCUUAGCAUCUUAUGUGAUCCCCUAUGUAGGACUCGUGGGUUAUGUUGGCAUCGUUCCAAACCUUUCCAACAAAACUUCUGUAAGUUUGGUUGCAUCGCUUUUGGGCGUGGAAACCGGACAGGAUGCGGUUAUAAGAACACUACUAUACGAGAGAGCUAACCAAAAAGUUCUGCCAUACAACAUGACAGUGGCAGAGUUUACAAACAGAAUCUCUGGGCUCAGAAACAAGUUGGGCAUGUGUGGCAACAAAGAUGAAGGCAUACAAGUACCUCUCUUUCUUGGGGCUGAAAAUCUUACAAACAGCAACAUCCUCUCCGCUGAUUCUAAUUCCCUGUCAUAUGCUCGAACUCCACCAGAGAUCUUGAGGAUAAUAUAUGGAAGUGGCAGUGAGUACAAAUCUGGUGGCUUUUAUCCUAAUGGUGCAGGUGGAAACAUUGCAAUGAGCUUUCGUCACAAAGCUUAG